CACUUCAUCGCUGUAACUUGUAAGAACUACUAAGCCAGCCAAUAGAGAAGAAGAAUCAGAUCGGAGAGUAAAAAAAGAUGAGAUCUAGCAACCACUUGAUUGGAGUACUAAACUUCUUGACCUUCCUCAUGUCAAUCCCAAUCCUAGGUGGCGGCAUAUGGCUGAGCACCAGGGCAAACAACACCGACUGCCUCAAGUUCCUGCAGUGGCCGUUGAUUAUCAUCGGCGUCGCCAUCAUGGUCGUGUCCCUGGCAGGAUUCGCCGGCGCGUGUUACCGGAACACUUUUCUGUUGUGGGUGUACCUAUUCGUCAUGUUCUUCGUCAUCGCCGCGCUCAUAGGGUUCAUAAUCUUUGCCUAUGCGGUCACCGACAAAGGGUCUGGACGGUCGGGGCUGAACCGGGGGUACUUGGACUAUUAUCUGCAGGACUACUCCGGCUGGCUGGAGAAGCGCGUAGCGGAUGAUAGCUACUGGGCCAAGAUCAGCUCUUGUAUAAGGGACUCUAAGGCUUGCAGCAAGAUGGGGAGGACUGUCGGCGGUAUGCCGGAAUCUGCUGACGUGUUUUAUCAUCGAAAGCUCAACCCUAUUGAGUCUGGUUGCUGUAAGCCCCCCACAGAGUGUGGCUAUUCCUAUAUAAAUGAGACGACAUGGUCCGGACAAGCUGCGACGAGCAACACUGACUGCGCCAAGUGGAACAAUGAUCAACAGCAGCUUUGCUACUCCUGCGACUCCUGCAAAGCCGGUGUCCUGGCCAGCCUCAAGAAGAGUUGGAGGAAGGUCUCUGUGAUUAACAUCGUUGUUUUGAUCAUCCUGGUAAUCGCUUAUGUUGUUGCCUGUGCGGCGUUUAGAAAUAAUCGCCGGAUCGAUAACGACGAGCCCUACGGCGAGACGAGGAUGACAAAGUCACAACCUAGUAUGAUCCAGUUUUAACUUUGUCAAGGAAGGAUGUCUUUUCAGAUUUUGGUAUUCAUUUAAGGGCUUGCUUGUUUAGGUGAAAGUUUGGUUGUAUAUGCUUUUAAUCUUAUGGUGUUUUCAUAUUUCAGUCACUCUUCUAUCACUUUAAAAGAGAGAAAUAUUGCUAGUAUCUGGUGGAGGGAUAGGGUUUUAUUUGCAUGGUAUGGUUUUGGUUUUGUAAAUAUCAUGGUUAACAUUUACAUUACUCAAAGUAGAAAACCAUUCCAGAUUGGCUCUUCA